AUGCGGUGGACUUUUAUUAGCUUGGCAGCAUGCCUGAGCUUCUCGGGCGCCUCUUGCUUCGUCGAUGACACCCUCAAACUCAGCAUGAUCGGGAUGAAAACCCCACGCCAUUUCGGCAACAAGCCCAACGAACUCGGCCGGCGCCAGAACACUGGCCGGUGCGGUGCGGAUUUCAGCAACCAGAAGUGCAGCUCGAAUCUAUGCUGCUCGCACUGGGGCUAUUGUGGUGACGGUGAUGAUUUCUGCGCCGAAAUUGCCAGCUGCCAGCCGCAGUUUGGCAGGUGUGGUGAUGCACCGGUAGUAACGACUACGUCAACUACGUCAACUACGUCUACUACGUCUAGUACCUCGACUACCUCCACCACCUCGUCUACAUCGACCUCGACAUCCACAUCAACCACGGUAACAUCACCAACGCCAAUUUCCACGCUGAUCCCCAGUAUCAACGGGAUGUGCGGCAACAGCACUACAUGCGCCGGGACAGGUUACGGGUCGUGCUGCUCUCAGUAUUGGUAUUGCGGAACUUCGCCUGAGCAUUGUGGCACCGGGUGUAACUUACUGUUCGGUACUUGCGAUGGGAAAGUAACGACUACAUCGACUACAUCGACAACUACUUCAACGACAUCUACUUCGACUUCGACUUCGACUUCGACGUCGCCAACGGCAACACCAACAUUGCCACCAGGAUUACCCGUAAGCACUGAUGGCACGUGCGGCAAGACUACCCAAUGCACUGGAUCGACCUACGGCGACUGUUGCUCUGAAUAUGGCUAUUGUGGUAGUGAGUCCCUCUAUUGCCGCACACUUCUUGGUUGUCAACCGAAGUACGGCACUUGCACGGCCUGA